GUGGAGUGACCAUGGUGAAUCCUAACGUCGGACGAGGAGAAAUUACAAUGCUCCUCAAAUUAGCCUACCUGUGAUCUGCUUCUCGUACAUAGUUCCUUUCUACAGACACUAAUUACUAUGCGUUUCGAAUUCCCUUGACUUUGACACAACACAUCGAAUGCUCCUUGGUUUCUGAAUCACCCGUUGGUCCGCGUUGUAGGUGCAGGGAGAUUUUGCGGGUAGCUGUCUCGUAUUGCCAGAUUCAGCUGACUCUAAAACCGUCAUUUUGUUUCCGUUUCAAGGCGGCUUGAACGGGUCUCGUAUACUUCGCCACAUUUAGUAACAGCAGUGUCGUGUUCGCUCAUCCACGACCAUUGUCGCAGCCUUUCGCAACACCACAAAAUGGCCUCGUUCCUGCUUCACUACUCUCGACCGUCGCCUCUUAGACCUCAGCAGAACUCUUCUGCAGCCCGCCUCGAGAGUAGAUCGCUACGCCUUAAUGUAGUACCCUUACGAUGGCCGUUGAAGGUGCAUGCCAGCAGCAGUCGUGAGAGCAGUGGUAGCAGCAUCGGUAACAACAGUGAUAACAGCAUUUCCAACCCUGGAAGUGAUCAUAACGACGGCUACAUCUCCGUGAAGUCAGUCACAUUUCCCGCGAAAACAGUCACAUUUCCCGCGAACCUUCGGUCUCACCUCCAAUCAGCAGCCUCGCGGAUUCUCCUUCCCUCCCUGCUCGCGGCGUCGCUCCUCACCACCGAAGCCAUGCUACCACCUCACCAGUCCAUACUGCCACCUCAGCAGUCUGCUGAGGCGUCGCCUGCAGCUGACGUGGCAGGGGUGGGCCUGCAGUGGUCGUGGUUACCGUUGGGCGGCAUCGGCAGCGCGAGUGCGAAUGGGUUGCUUCAGAUGCCGCCGAUCGAGCUGAAAAACACCUACUACCUAGUGAGAGCAGGCGAGUCGGAGUGGGAAGCCGCAGGGCUGAUCCACACCAACCCGGUGGACAAGACAAACGUGCAGAGCGGGCUGUCAGGGGAGGGCAAGAAGCAGGCUAUUGAAGCUGCCAGGAAGCUGCGGAAGAUGGACGCCUGUGGCGCCGGGUGCUGGAUCUGGCCGUCCAUUUCUCAGCGGGCGUAUCAGACGGCUGAGGUCGUUGCAUACGUCAAUGGCGCGGAUUACAGCCGCAUUGUUCCGGAGUACAGCUUUCUCGACGCCAGGGGACUGGGGGCGUUUGAGGGGCAGCCGCUGGAGGCAACGAAAGAGAUAUACCUAGAGGACUCUGUGUCAUCACGGUGGCGCCCUCCCCCCUUCUCUGAUGGAACCCCCCACGAGAGCGUGGCAGACGUGCUCGUGCGCGUGACUCAGCUCAUGUCGAUCCUUGAGACGCAGUAUUCCAGGGAGGCGGUGGUGAUUGUGUCUCCGGACUCGGAUUGUCUCUCCGUGCUGCAAUCCGCGUUGAUAGGAAAGGACAUCAGGAGCCAUAGUGACUUGUACUUCCAGCCUGGGGAGGUGAGGCGAGUCGACAUCAGCAACAACGCUCCACCCCCUCCAAUGUCUGGUCUCAUCUCCCUCAACAUGGUCAAGGGAUGAGUAGCAAGCCAUGCACCUACGUCUGACACUGUGCACAAUGUGGUGUUUAAGGUGCAGACGAGUGUUCAUGUGUUGCACCAAACAAAGAUACUUGUGACAGUGACCCUAAAAAGUCUGGUGCUCUUAUGUAAAUGCUGUACCCAAUAUUGAGACAAAAAGGAGAUUGGCACA